GCACCCAAAACAUCAUCUUCUCACCAUAUCCAGGGGCUGCUGGGUUUCCCCCAGCCAUAGGCUUUUCUCAAGGUGCUGGUCUUUUGGUUCCAACUCCUCCUGGAUCUUUUGGUUCUCUUGGCACCAUCCCAUCUGCAGUGUCUGGACAGAUUACUCUUCCUAGUGCUAAUAGUGUUCCAGGAAAUUCUGUCUUACUAGUCAGCAACCUCAACUCUGAAGCCAUCACACCAUAUGGACUUUUCAUCCUAUUUGGUGUGUAUGGUGAUGUGCAUCGUGUGAAGAUCAUGUUUAAGAAAAAAGAUAAUGCCUUGGUUCAGAUGGCAGAUGGAAUCCAGGCUCAAAUAGCUAUCAGACACUUGAAUGGACUGAGGCUUUAUGGAAGGGUCCUCCGUAUUACUUUUUCAAAACAUCAGACAGUUCAACUUCUUCAGGAGGGACAAGAGGACCUAUACCUGACAAAGGACUAUACCCAUAGCCCCUUACAUCGCUUUAAGAAGCCUGGGUCUAAGAACUUCCAAAAUAUCGUUCCUCCAUCUGACACCCUGCAUCUCUCCAACAUCCCGCCUUCUGUUACUGAUCAUGAUCUGAAGAACCUUUUCACAAGUACUGGAUCUACUGUGGAAGCCUUCAGAUUCAUCCAGAAAGAUGGCAAAAUGGCUCUUAUCCAAAUGGGCUCUGUGGAAGAAGCACUUCAGGCUCUUAUUGAGUUUCACAAUCAUGAUCUUGGAGAAAACCAUCACCUCCGAAUUUCCUUCUCAAAAUUUACAAUUUGA